AUGACAGAGGAAGUUCACGGGAAGUUUCUUGAGUUUCUUGAAAACUCGCCCAAAGUAAGGCAUCAGGCCGAGCAAGCAAUAUACACGAACGAGCAAGUGCUUACUAUUGAUCUUCAGGAUAUCAACGCAUACUCUGUGGAUUUGUAUGUAGACCUUCUGAAGAACUUUUCACGAGACGUGGAUAGAAUUAACAACAGUACGGAAGUGUUUACCAAAAAGACGUUUUCUGCUGCAUUGGAGUACACGUCGUUUUGGAACAGCCACGUUGUGUAUAAGAUCAGGCAGCUCAAGAGCGAGCGGUUGGGACAGCUUAUAAGCUUCAGUGGAACAGUUACAAGAACAACACAAGUAAGGCCGGAGCUGGUCAACGGGUCGUUUGCAUGCAAGAUAUGCAACAGUGUUGCUGCAAAUGUUGCACAGGAGUUCAAGUACACAGAGCCCUUGACAUGCCCGAACCAUCUGUGCACAAAUAGAAAGCAGUGGGCACUGGACAUGAGCAAAAGCAAAUUCAGCAAUUGGCAAAGAGUGCAUGUUCAGGAAAACACAGAGGAGAUUCCUGCUGGGUCUUUGCCAAGGAGUAUGGAUGUGAUAGUAAGGAAUGAGCUUGUUGAGAAGAUCAGGGCUGGAGAUAAGAUUGUCAUGACAGGGUAUCUGAUAGUUGUCCCUGAUGUUAUUCAAUUGAUGAUGCCGCAAAGCAAGGUGGUUCCUAUGCAUGAAGGAGAGGGCGGGGAGGCAAAGAAGAAACGGAACAUCAACAUCAAGGACCUGAAUCACAAGAUGGUUUUUAUGUGUAUCCAUGCAGAUUGCAGAAGCACGGAGGAGGAGUUUACAAAUGAGGAGCUUGCAAUAAUCAACGAGAUGAAAGCAUCAUCGGACCUGUAUUAUAAGCUAAGCCAGAGUAUGUUUCCGUCAAUCCAUGGGCAUUACUCGAUCAAGAAUGCGAUUUUGCUAAUGCUUGUUGGUGGAGUUGGAAAGAAGGCAGAAGGCGGAACCAGUCUUAGAGGAGAUAUAAAUGUACUGCUCGUUGGAGAUCCUGGAACAGCAAAGUCGCAGUUUUUGAAGCAGACGAGUGCGUUUCUGCCAAGAAGUGUGUAUACAUCUGGAAAGAGCAGCAGUGCAGCAGGACUUACAGCAAGUGUAGUGAAGGAUGGCGAAACUGGAGAGUUUACGAUUGAUGCAGGAGCAUUGAUGCUGAGCGACACUGGGGUAUGCUGUAUCGAUGAGUUUGACAAGAUGAACUUCAAGGAUCAGGUGAGCAUCCAUGAAGCGAUGGAGCAGCAAACAAUAACGAUAUCGAAGGCAGGCAUCAAUGCAACGUUGAAUGCAAGAAGCAGUAUUCUUGCAGCAGCGAAUCCCAUAAAGGGCCGGUACGACAAGAAGAAGACGCUGAGGCAAAACAUCAAUCUGAGUGCGCCUGUGAUGUCAAGGUUUGACCUGUACUUUGUACUGAUUGACGAUGUGAAUCCCGAAAACGACAGGAAUGUUGCAAUGCAUGUGCUGAACAACCAUGCAUCGCUGAGCGAGGCUGGAAGCAUAAGCAGCUACUUUACACCUGAACAAGUGAAGUUGUAUCUGAGGCAUGCGAGAGGAAAGAAGCCAAGGAUGACUGAUGAAGCCAAGGAUCUGUUGGUAAGGAAGUAUGUUGAAAUACGGCAGGACAGCCUGGUCCACAGCAGCAAUUAUAUGAUGACUGCUAGGCAUCUGGAAAGCCUGAUUAGGCUGAGCGAAGCACUUGCAAAGAUUCAUGAUGUUGAGCUUGUUAGCAGGGAGUAUGUUGAGGAAGCACACAGGCUGAUGAAAAGCAGCGUGAUCGAGAUAAAAGGAGAAGACAUAGAGGUGAUAGCGAGGACAGAUGAGCAUCCCGGGUUUGCUGUGAAUCAUAAGGAUUAUGUGCGAAUAACGAGUUCGCUUAUAUACCUGAUCAAGACCAGGGAUCCCAUGGAGAGGCAUGAGCUCCUAGAAGCGUUUAUGUCAGAAAGUGAACCGUACAUUGAAAGUGAAAGAGCGUUUCUAGAUGAGAAUGUCAAGGUUGAAAACGUGUUGUCGUUUUUGAUUGCAAAAGAGGGUGUUCUGUUUGUAUGCGAUGGAAAGAUCCAUGUGCAUCCAAACUAUGAUGUGUAG